AUGUGGAAGACGCUCCUUCUCUGUCAGUUGCUGCUCGUCGUAGCUUCGGGCAAUCGGCGCGGCCGCCUCGCCGGCGCCAAGUGGUGGGAGCACGCCAUCGUCUACCAGGUGUAUCCGCGCAGCUUCAGGGACAGCGACGGCGACGGCGUGGGCGAUCUCCGGGGCGUCAUCGAGGGGCUCGAUCACGUGCGCUCCGUGGCCGACUGCCUGUGGCUGUCGCCGAUCUAUCCGAGCCCCCAGCGCGACUUCGGCUACGACGUGUCGAACUUCAAGGCCGUCGAGCCGCAGUACGGCAGCAUCGAGGACUUGGACGAGCUCGUGCGCAAGGCCAAGUCGCUGGGGCUCAAGGUCAUCCUGGACUUCGUGCCGAAUCACUCGUCGGACGAGCACGACUGGUUCAAGAGGAGCGCGAGGCGCGAGGAGCCCUACGCCGAGUUCUACGUGUGGCGCGACGCCAGGUACUCGGCCGAGGGCGAACGAUUGCCGCCGAACAAUUGGCUGUCGGGUUUCGGCGGCUCCGCCUGGACCUGGAACGAGGAGCGCGGCCAGUACUACUAUCACGCCUUCUCCGAGCACCAGCCGGAUCUCAACUAUCGCAGUCCGCGCGUCCAGCUCGAGAUGAUGCUCGUCCUCAAGUUCUGGCUGGACCACGGGGUCGACGGGUUUCGCGUCGACGCCGUCAACGCCCUGUUCGAGGACACCCAGUUCAGGGACGAGCCCCCGUCGUCGUCGGCCAACGGAAGCCUCGUCGAGGCCGGCGACGAUUACCCGUCGCUGUCGCACAUCUACACCCGCGAUCUCGACGAGACCUACAACGUGGUGAGGUCCUGGAAGACGAUGAUGAAUCACUACACGAAGAAGCUCAAGAGCAGCCAGAAGUUGGCUCUGAUGGAGGUGUUCGCCAAGCUGCCCAAGGUCAUCAAGUACUACCACGUGGGCGCCGAGCCGAUGAAUCUGCGCAUGAUCCAUCAGCUGCGCAACGACUCGAGGCCCGAGGAGUUCAAGGCCCUGAUCGAGGACUGGAUGCGAGCCAAGCCCAAGCACAGGGCGGCCAAUUGGGUGGUGGGUAAUCACGAUAUCGGCAGGACCGCGUCGAGAUUCGGCUACGACAACGAUCGCGCCGACGAGAUGUCGAUGCUGGCCGCGGUAUUGCCCGGCAUGAUGAUCGUGUACCAGGGCGACGAGAUCGGCAUGACCGACGCGCGCCUCACCUACGAGCAGACCAGGGAUCCGGUGGGCUGCGCCGCCGGCCCCGAGGGAUACGCCAAGACCUCGAGGGACCCCCAGCGCACCCCGUACCAGUGGGACGACACGACGAGCGCCGGAUUCUCCAGCAACGCCACGACCUGGCUGCCCGUCAACGACAACUAUCGCGACCUGAAUCUCCGCCAACAGACGGACUACUUCGGCGGCGCCUCGCACUACAAGGUGUUCCGGGCCCUGGCCAAGCUCAAGCGUCAUCGCACGGUGCAGCAGGGCGCGCUCCGCGUCAAGGUGAUCGAGGACGGCCAGGUGCUGGUGGUGGUGCGAGAGCUGCGCGACGAGGUGCCGACGCUGCUGCUGAUCAGCUUCGCCGAUCGAGAGCUGAGGGUCGACGCGCUGAGCAAGCUCGACGUGCCCGCCGAGAUGAGGAUCUACGUGGCGAGCGUCAAGUCGAGACUGCGACACAGGGAGCGAGUGGACAUGUCGCGGGUGAGGCUGCCCGCGCGCGCCUCCGUCAUCUUCGCCGCCGACAGGCUGCGUUCGUGA